AUGCUGAGGACACUGACUUCCAAAGAGACCCGGCACACAAGGCUGGUAGAUUAUGGACUCCUAAGGAAGGAGAAUCUGCGCCUCGACGGUCCGACGGCGGGCGAUUCAAGGAGAGAGACGGGUCCGAUCUCCCCAGAGCAGCUUGUGAUCGGUCGUUCGAGCAUCCGCGUUCCUCGAACUUUGAUAACGCUGAGGUACUAAUCAAGCAGCCAGAGACGCGCCCUAUUAGCCAAGAACAACUUGUUGCUGAGGUGAAGGGCAUCUACGCUGGACUCGAAAUGAUCGAGUCACAGUGCAUCGAGGUCGACAACGCUCAAAGUUCAAACAACGAGACCAAUCCCAAGCUGAACAAUGAGCAGUGGCAGGCAUUGAUCGGUCUACACCGAACUUUGCUACAUGAACACCACGAUUUCUUCCUUGCCUCUCAGCAUCCUUUGGCCAGUCCGGCAUUGCGACGGCUCGCGAGCAAGCACGCAAUGCCGGAGCGCAUGUGGAGGCAUGGGAUUCAUUCAUUCUUGGAGCUUUUGCGUCAUCGUCUGCCCGCCUCGCUCGAACAUAUGCUUACGUUCAUUUAUUUGGCGUACUCUAUGAUGACUCUGCUGUAUGAGACUGUUCCAACGUUCCAAAACAUUUGGAUUGAAUGCCUCGGCGACUUGAGCCGCUAUCGGAUGGCUAUUGAAGAUGAUGAUCUUAAGGAUAGAGAGGUCUGGACCUCAGUCUCUCGCCAUUGGUAUUCAAAAGCUAGUGAUAAGGCUCCUCAGACGGGUCGUCUUUACCACCACCUCGCUAUUUUGGCUCGUCCAAAUGCUCUGCAGCAGCUCUUUUACUACACGAAGUCUCUCUGCGUGCCACUUCCCUUCCUGUCUGCUCGCGAGUCAAUCAUGACUCUGUUCGACCCGCAUCUCAAUGGCACACAGACCAGGCUGCAGGAGAUUGACGCAGCCUUUGUACGCGCUCAUGCAAUACUUUUUUCGGGCAAGAACACCGAGCAACUCUCAUCGUCUAUCAACGUGUUCAUCGACAGCUUGAACAACCACAUCGCACAUCACACUUGUCGCUGGCUAGAAAGCGCAUACCACAUUUCUAUCGCGUUGAGUUGCUCACUCCUUGAGUACGGUAGCGAGAGCAAUCCAAUUAUGAGAGCCAUCCAAUCAGGCCGAGCCGACGACGCAGACGUCCCAAUGAAAGGGACUGAGACUGUCGGCGCUCCGACACAGAAGUUCCUGGACGCUCUGGACUUUGCCGCUCGUACUCAUAACGUUGUGUUGAGACGAUUCGGCGAUGAGAGUAUUCGACCCUACCUACACGUCACCCUCUCACUCCUUCAACACUUAUCUCACUUCCCUGCAGCGAUGGAACUGGUAGAAAAGAAGAUGCCUUGGAAGCUCAUCGCUUUACUCCUGAAUACUAUCAUGCACACGAAUAUGCCUGCUGAAGCAUACAAGAUCAUCGAGUCGGAAGACUUCCCCCGGCCGGAUAAGGGUGACCCUCGUCCCCUGCCGGACGACUUCGCGCAGCGAGGCCUCCUAUGGGUUGAUGAGUACUAUCCCGACGAUUGGUUUUCGACCACAAAGGUGGAUGACGAUGAGAAGUAUCUCGAAUCCUCGUCAAUGAUGAGCGAGCGCUCGAUCCGCUGCCUUUGGCUAGGUUGUCGACUUGCAACAUCGGGCAAGUGGUUGACUUACAGAGAGGGGCACUUUCGGGCUACUUGCGAAGCGAGCGAAAUGAGUUUCAAACGGAAGCCGUGGAAGUUGUAAGGUGUUCUCGGCAUGUGACUCACUUGGUUGAAAUUCAUAGUACAAAGGAUAUUUACGGUGUCACGGGGAUUUUUUCGCUCCUACGUUGUUGUUGUUUAGAUACAUUCAUCUUGGGAAAUUCCACGGAGUAUUAGUCAUGCAUUUAUCAUCCCCAAUACGGCUCUUGUAACAAGAUACGAACAGUGGACGGCCCUAGAAAGAGCACCAUCUCAAAUUCAAGCUCCAUCCAUGUCGGUCUUGUGUGUUAGUCAAGCUUUGACCGAAGUUGCCAGGCCUUGUGAUUCGUG